CGGCAUUGAUUUAUGUGCAAGACAAUUGCAUCCAAUCAUUUGCAGUUGCAAGCCGGGCCUGUUUUCUGGAUUCAAAUGAGCAAGCUUUUCAGUGGUUGUUCUUCCAUUUCGGUCUUCUGGUUUUCAUCCUCGUCAUCCGCCGUGGCCCCUUUCGCACAUAUUGCUGUGAAGCAGGUAUCUCCAGCUCCAAACUUUUCACCGUCCUCGAUAGUUUGUGGCAUCGCUUUAUCCAAAGUCUCCGGAAGAAAGGUAACCAAGAACCCAGAAAUAAGGGCUAUCACUGCGAAUAUUAUCGCAGGCAUCUUCGGAUCGAAAGAGUCCAGAAGUGUAAUCAAAGGUGUGAGAGCGCCUGACGUUCUGGCGCACAUCGCACCUAGACCUGCAAACGGAAAUCAUAGCGUCAAAAAUCUUGUCUUAUAA